UAUUGUUUUUACUCAAAUAGAUUUGUUUGUUAUUAAAAUAAAAAGAUAGCUUCAUUUAUUGCAAAAAAAAAAAAAGAUAGCGUCAUAAUAAAGCAGACUCUGAAGUAACUAAAGAGAAAACCCUGUGUCUCUGUUCCUCUGCGACAGUGCUGCUAGGUUACACCUUUUUCUUCUAUUUUUCUUUCUUCAUUGCAGAUGGAAGAGAUAUUCAAUGUUCAGGUUAGCAAUCAUAUACCCGAUGAUAUUGUUUUCUCUAUUCUUUCCAAACUUUCUCUCAAAUCUUUUAAACGAUUUGAAUGUGUACGUAAAUCAUGGUCUCUUUUAUUUGAUAACCCUUAUUUCAUUACUAUGUACCGCAACCAUCUCUUAACUAAAUAUUGCUCUUAUUACGAUGAUCAUCAUACAACUCUCCUUCUACAUAUGAUACAAGUUCCUGAAGAUGAAGACGAACAAUUGUGGAACGGAAUUGGUGAUGUUUUCUACUCUCUUUCCGGAGACAAGUUUGAUGAUAUAGUACAAAUAGAUGGACCAAAGGCUAUCAAAUUUGAUGAUUUUUUGGAGUAUGGCGAUCAUCAUUAUGACGACGAGGAGGAGGACGGGGAUGAUAAUGGUUUCGAUAUUUUGUAUCCGAUUAGUUAUAAUGGCACUCUUAAUCUAAGACGUGAUGAUUUCUACGGAAAAGAGAAUGUUAUACUAUGGAACUUAAUCGGCGAUGAUUUCAUGGCCAUUCCUUCGCAUGAGAAUAGUCAUUUAUGGGAUUUUUCGGCUCAUCAUUAUCAAAUUGGUUAUGAUCGUGUUAAAGAUGACUAUAAGAUUAUUCGGUGCACACAUUAUUAUCCAAAAGAUGUCUCUUCUUCUUGUGGGAUGUCUUCCGGACACUUUUGGGAGAUGUAUAGCUUAAGCAGUAACUCUUGGAAGAAAAUUGAUGUCGAGAUGCCUCAUUCUCGUUGGAGCCGUGAGCAAGUGUAUAUGGAUGGUGUGUUUCAUUGGUGGGAUAAAAAUGAAACACAUACAUGUUUGGUGUCAUUUGACUUCUGCAAAGAAUCUUUCAUUGUAACACCCAUACCCGUAGAUGAUAGUUUUGAUUCUAAUUUGGUCCGGAGGCACUUGAUGGUAUUGAAUGGAUCUAUUGCUUUUAUGUUAAAUUAUACUGAGGCAUCUAUAUUUCACAUUUCAAUUUUGGGUGAACUCGGUAUAAAGGAAUCUUGGACUAAGCUUUUCAUUAUUGGGCCCUUACCAUGCCUUGAGUAUCCUAUUGGAGCGGGGAAGAAAGGCAAUAUACUGUUCAGAAAAAAAGACGGUGAACUAGCCUGGUUUGAUUUAAGUACCGGGAUGAUUGUUGACAUUGGUGUUAAAACGCAGACAAAUGAUUACAAGAUGUUAUUCCACAAAGAAAGCCUUCCAAUUGAAGGAAUAUAUACAAAUUUUUCUUCUUGUUUUCAUCCAAGAGAUCUAUGAUUAAAGCUAUUAGUCUUUCUAUCUGCAAACUGAUAUGGUGUCUAUUUCAAUCGUAAGAAUGGUGUUUUGCCUCUACUCGCCUUCGGUUUUAUGUAGAAAUAGUUUAGUUUUGGUAAGGAUGAUAAUCUAAUUAGCAACAUAUCUUUGUUUGAAUAUCUAUGCUUCAUUUUGUGCUUCAUUUUGUGCUUCAUUUUUUUCUUAUAUGUUCCAAAUUAGCUGAUAAAAUCAAAGCAUACCAGAACAAAAGGUAGAAUUUCAAAUGCACAAAAAAUUGUGUGCAAGUAAGAAUGGUUUAUAAGUAGAGCUUUUCUGUUUAGCUGCUGAUCAAUUACAAAUGAGUACUUUCUCCACUGAGAUGUUUUGGUAAACAAGAGUUGAUUAUUUGCUUUGUAUAGUGAGAGAAAAGUUGCAGAGAGUGAGAGAACAUUGAAUCUGAUUUUGUAUUUUUGUCUCAAUGAUUUGAAUAUUACAAAGGCUAUAUUAUUAUA